AUGGAAAUAAGCAGUGAUAGUGAGGAAGAGCGGAGUGUCACUCCUACUAAAAAAAGAAAACUGCAUUACGAACAAAAAUAUUCGCACUUGUGGGAAAAAGACCAAAAAUUUUCGGGUUGGGUCAAAAAAAGCAACAAAGGGGAUUACUAUUUUUAUUGUGAAUCAUUUAAGUGUGACUUGAAAUGUGGAGAAGGUAAAAGGGUUUUGAAGAAGCAUGCAGAGAGUAUUAAACAUAAGAGUAUUGUUAAAGCUGCAGUACGUCAACCUACUCUUACUUCUAUGUUGCCCAAGUCUUCAUCAAAGUCAUUUACGGAUAAAAUUAAGUCUGGAGAAAUAAAGAUGGCAUGCUUCUUAGCAAAGCACAAUUUACCAUUUAGUUUAGCAGAUGAUCUAGAGGACCUUAUAGAAUCAGUUGUUCCAGAAUCAAAGCUUGCAUCAAAAUUUACUUUUGGAAGAACAAAAGCCCAUGCUAUUGUUACAAAUGUUACUGGUAAAGUAGCAGAAAACCAAUUGAUUAAAAUAUUACAACAAAAUAAAUUUUCACUAAUAGUUGAUAAGAGCACAGACAGAUCGUCAACUAAACAUUUGGCACUUAUUGAUUUUGAUGUUGAAGAUAGUUUCCUAUUUUUAAUGCCAGUUGUUGAUGGUAUAGCUACAUCCUUACAUAAUGCAUGUAAAACUUUUUUUGAAGAGAAGAAUAUUCCAUACAAAGAUAAUAUGGUUAGAUUUGCUGCUGAUGGAACUAACUCAAUGUUUGGACAUCAUCCUCUAUCUACAUUAUUUCAAAAAGAUAUUCUAAAUUUAUUUCUAAUAAAAUGCGUAUGUCACUAUUUUCACCUAUGUGCCUCAUAUGCUUGCAAGAAAUUACCAUGA